AUGCAGAACCAGUAUACCUUCGGCGCCGAUUUCUUGAAAGCGAACGGAAUGGUUGUUAACAUUGCACAGGAACUUUUGUCAUGGGACUCGGGGGAGACGCGACUGCUUAUUGAAGCAGCUGCGCCAACUAUCAACAAAUUAUCGGUUCUGCUGGAGAAAUAUGCAGACGUGUUUGUAAAUGGACCGGAUGAUCCUUUGGGAUGGUCUAAUGAUGCUGAACAUUCUAUUGACACUGGGGACAGUCGACCAGUCAAACAACGACCAUACAGAAUACCUGUCCAUUUAAACAAAGUGGUGAAUAAUCAAGUUAAUGAAAUGCUUGCUCGAGGACUCAUUAGGCCGAGCGACAGCCCGUGGUCCUCUCCAAUUGUAAUAGCCCCCAAGAAGGACGGUGAUUAUCGUUUCUGUGUCAAUUUUCGGCGUUUAGGAUGCGUUUCCAAUGCCACGAGUGGAUGAGAUCCUUGACAAACUCGGUGGAGCACGCUUCUUUAGCACGUUAGAUUUGGCUUCAGGCUACUGGCAGAUCUCUCUGAGAGAAGAGGAUAUUCCUAAAACCGCGUUCACAGUUAGCCCAAAUCAUUACGAGUUUACUGUUAUGCCCUUCGGCUUCACAAACGCCCGAGCCACCUUUCAGCGAAUGAUGACGAAACUUCUCCAUGGGAUGAGCGGCUGUCUGGUAUUUAUCGAUGACAUCAUUAUCUUUGCUGACACCUGGGAGGAACACCAGAAGAUUUUGGAAGAGGUUUUGCAUCGAAUCAAAGCAGCUGGUUUGAAGCUCAAGGGAACGAAAUGUCAGUUCGGACGUGAAUCGGUUCAGUUUUUGGGACAUAUUGUAUCCGCAAGGGGAAUCCAUCCAAACCCAGAGAAAGUCCAAGCCGUACAAGAUUUUCCGACACCGUCUUCGUUGUCGGAUGUCAGAGCAUUUGUGGGAAUGGCCUCCUACUACCGCAA